AUGGCUGAAGAACAACCUCAGGUCGAAUUGUUCGUGAAGGCUGGCAGUGAUGGGGCCAAGAUUGGGAACUGCCCCUUCUCCCAGAGACUGUUCAUGUUGCUCUGGCUCAAGGGAGUCACUUUCAACGUCACCACCGUUGACACUAAGAGGCGAACUGAGACAGUACAGAAGCUGUGCCCAGGAGGACAGCUUCCAUUCCUGCUGUAUGUACACACAGACACCAACAAGAUUGAGGAAUUUCUGGAGGCAGUGUUGUCACCCCCCAGGUACCCCAAGCUGGCAGCUCUGAAUCCCGAAUCCAACACAGCUGGGCUGGACAUAUUUGCCAAAUUUUCUGCCUACAUCAAGAAUUCAAACCCAGCACUCAAUGAUAAUCUGGAGAAGGGGUUCCUCAAAGCCCUGAAAGUUUUAGACAAUUACUUGACAUCCCCCCUCCCAGAAGAAGUGGAUGAGACCAGUGCUGAGGAUGAGGGCAUCUCUCAGAGGAAGUUUCUGGAUGGCAAUGAGCUCACACUGGCUGACUGCAACCUGUUGCCAAAGCUCCACAUAGUACAGGUGGUAUGUAAGAAGUACCGGGGAUUCUCCAUCCCAGAGGUGUUCCGGGGAGUACAUCGGUAUUUGCGCAAUGCCUAUGCUCGGGAAGAGUUCUCCUCCACUUGUCCAGAUGAUGAGGAGAUCGAGCUGGCCUAUGAGCAAGUGGCUAAGGCCCUCAAAUAAGCCCCUCCUGGGGCUACCUUGCCCCCCUCCAUUUUUCUCCACAAAGUGGUUUCCACUUGGCUACCCAAUGGACACACUCCAAAAUGGCCAGUGGGGAGUGAAUUUUGGAGCACUUGUGCAGGACUGGCUGGGGGAUGAAGGGA